AUGGAACCAGGAGUUGCUGCUCCAUUCAGUGUUGCCUCCUCCAACAAUGUUGAAGAGAUCGAGAUAAGUGCAGCAGUAAAUGGAAGCAGCGGGGAAGAGACAGCUGGCGAAAAUGAAGGGAAAGGGGAGACUCCAGCAGGAGGGUGGAAAACUGCUUGGAUAUUGCUUGCGAAUCAAGCACUGGCGACGCUGGCCUUCUUUGGAGUGGGAGUGAACUUGGUUCUGUUCCUAACGAGAGUGCUGAGACAGGACAGUGCGGACGCCGCAAACAAUGUGAGCAAGUGGACAGGAACGGUGUACAUAUGCUCACUCAUAGGCGCAUUCCUGAGUGAUUCCUACUGGGGUCGAUACAGAACGUGCGCUGUCUUUCAAGUCAUCUUUGUAGCGGGUUUGGGGCUCCUGUCUUUCACGUCCAGGAGAUUCUUGAUCAAGCCGGCUGGCUGCGGAGACGAGAAAACAGAAUGCAGGCAGCCCUCCUCAACGGGAGUCUCCAUCUUCUAUGUGUCCAUAUACAUGGUGGCACUCGGUUACGGAGGCCACCAGCCCACCCUCGCAACCUUUGGUGCAGACCAGUUCGAUGGCAAGAAACAAGAUCAGAGCCGCUCAAGAGAGGCCUUCUUCUGUUACUUCUACUUCGCCCUCAACUUCGGCUCCCUCUUCUCCAACACCAUCCUCGUCUACUUUGAGAAUUCAGGCAUGUGGACAAUGGGAUUCCUCGUCUCCUUGGUCUCUGCCCUUCUUGCCUUGCUUUCCUUCGUCGCCGGUUAUCGCAAAUACAGAUACGUUGACCCCUGUGGCAACCCUGUCGUAAGGGUUGCACAGGUCUUCGUCGCUUCCACUAGGAAGUGGAAGCUUCAUCCCGCCAAAGCAGAUCAACUCCACGAGGUCGAUGGUCCAGAGUCUGCCAUCAAAGGGAGUAGAAAGAUCAUGCACAGCCAAGAUUUUGCAUUCAUGGACAGGGCAGCAACAAAAACGCCGAGGGAUGAAAACGAAGUAAAGAAUCACUGGCGGCUCUGCACUGUAACUCAGGUUGAGGAAGCCAAAUGCGUGUUGAGAAUGUUACCGGUUUGGCUAUGCACCAUUAUUUACUCUGUUGUGUUCACCCAAAUGGCAUCUCUUUUUGUGGAGCAAGGGGAUGUCAUGCACAACAAGAUAGGAAAGUUUCAGUUGCCAGCAGCCAGCAUGUCGGUCUUUGAUAUCACCAGCGUCCUGCUAUGCACCGGAAUUUAUCGCCAAUUUCUGGUCCCGUUGGCCGGGAGAUUGAGCGGUAACCCCAAGGGACUGACUGAGCUUCAGAGAAUGGGAGUUGGCCUAAUCAUUGGAAUGCUAUCAAUGGUUGCAGCUGGUAUCACAGAGAUAGAAAGGCUCAAACGUGUGAUUCCUGGGGAGAAGACCAGUUCUCUAAGCAUAUUCUGCCAGAUCCCACAGUAUGUUCUGGUUGGUGCCUCAGAGGUUUUCAUGUACGUGGGUCAAUUGGACUUUUUCAAUGGGCAAGCCCCAGACGGGAUUAAGAGCUUUGGGAGCUCACUCUGCAUGGCUUCAAUUUCUCUUGGAAACUAUAUCAGCAGCAUGCUGAUCUUGAUCGUAAUGGAUAUCACUGCAAAAGGGGAGAGGCCAGGCUGGAUUCCCAACAACCUCAAUGAUGGCCACAUGGAUAGGUGGUUCUUCCUCCUUGCGGUGCUCACUGCUUUGGACUUUCUCCUCUACUUGUUCUGUUCUCGCUGGUACAAAGGCAUCAACCUUGAAGAAACCACCGAAAUGCAAGUCCAACAACACGAGGAUCUUCAAGUGGUUUCUAAAGUUUGA